AUGUUAGAAUUCGGGAUUAAGGAAAUUAGAUUCGGGAAACAUCUAUUCAGGAAAACAGAAUUAGGGAAAUUGGCAUUCGGGAAUUUAGACUUUUCGGUAAAAUGUCCAGUUCGGGAAUUUGACGUUCAGACAAGUGGACUUCGGGAAAAGGUAUAUUCGGGAAAUUGGCAUUCGGGAACUUGUCUGACAAGG